CCUCCCCCAAACUACAGCCUGAGCUCGCUCUUGCGCGCGCGCUCUCUGGGGCCCAAGUGACUAGUCCUCGCUCGAGCGGGACACGGCUGUGGAUGCAAUUCCCCUCGCCUCCAGCCGCCAGGAGCUCCCAGGCGGCGCACGCAGCAUCAUCCUCUGAAGCAGCUGCUCCUGCACCUGGACAGCCUGGACCCUCGUGCCCUGCUCACGGGGCCUCGCGCCGGAGGCGCCCCAGGACUUCCCCUGCGGGCCGGGUGGAGGAGGAAGAGGAGGAGGAAGAAGAAGAGAGCUUGGACGAGGACCCCUACCCUACUAGGAAUACCUGGCCGCGAUACUGCCACUUUUUUAUAAGGGGGAAAAGGAGAGAGCCAGCAAGAGCCAUGGGGGGCAGCGAAGUCCGGGAAUUUCUUUUGCAAUUUGGUUUCUUCUUGCCCCUGCUGACAGCUUGGACAGGCGACUGCAGUCAUGUCUCCAACCAAGUUGUUUUGCUUGAUACAACUACUGUGAUGGGAGAACUAGGAUGGAAAACAUAUCCAUUAAAUGGGUGGGAUGCCAUUACUGAAAUGGAUGAGCACAACAGGCCCAUACAUACAUACCAGGUAUGCAAUGUCAUGGAACCAAACCAGAACAACUGGCUUCGUACUAAUUGGAUAUCUCGUGAUGCUGCACAGAAGAUUUAUGUAGAAAUGAAGUUCACACUGAGGGAUUGUAACAGCAUCCCAUGGGUCUUGGGAACUUGUAAAGAAACAUUUAAUCUGUAUUAUAUAGAAUCGGAUGAAUCCCAUGGGACUAAAUUCAAGCCAAGCCAAUAUAUAAAGAUCGACACGAUUGCUGCUGAUGAGAGUUUUACACAGAUGGAUUUGGGUGAUCGAAUCCUUAAACUCAACACUGAAAUUCGCGAGGUGGGACCUAUAGAAAGGAAAGGAUUUUAUUUGGCCUUUCAAGACAUUGGAGCAUGCAUUGCCCUGGUCUCAGUCCGUGUUUUCUACAAAAAGUGCCCCUUCACUGUGCGGAACUUGGCCAUGUUUCCUGAUACCAUUCCAAGGGUUGAUUCUUCCUCUCUGGUUGAAGUGCGGGGUUCAUGUGUGAAGAGUGCUGAAGAGAGAGAUACUCCGAAACUCUACUGUGGAGCUGAUGGAGAUUGGCUCGUUCCUCUUGGGAGGUGUAUCUGCAGUACAGGCUAUGAAGAAAUUGAGGGUUCUUGCCAUGCUUGCAGACCAGGAUUCUAUAAAGCAUUUGCUGGGAACACAAAAUGUUCCAAAUGCCCUCCACACAGCUCAACCUACGUGGAAGCAACUUCCGUCUGUCAGUGUGAAAAGGGUUACUUCAGGGCAGAGAAAGAUCCACCUUCUAUGGCAUGUACUAGGCCACCUUCAGCUCCUAGAAAUGUGGCUUUUAACAUCAAUGAAACAGCCCUUAUUUUGGAAUGGAGCCCACCUAGUGACACUGGAGGGAGAAAAGAUCUCACGUACAGUGUAAUCUGUAAGAAAUGUGGCUUAGACACUCGCCAAUGUGAAGACUGCGGUGGAGGACUCCGCUUCAUUCCAAGACACACUGGAUUGACCAACCACUCCGUGAUAGUACUUGAUUUUGUAUCUCAUGUCAAUUACACUUUUGAAAUAGAAGCCAUGAAUGGAGUUUCUGAGCUGAGCAUUUCUCCCAAGCCAUUCACAGCUAUUACAGUGACCACAGAUCAAGAUGCACCUUCUCUGAUAGGGAUGGUGAGGAAGGACUGGGCAUCCCAGAACAGCCUUGCUCUAUCAUGGCAAGCACCUGCUUUCUCCAAUGGAGCAGUCCUGGACUAUGAGAUCAAGUACUACGAGAAAGAGCAUGAGCAGCUCACCUAUUCUUCCACGAGGUCCAAGGCCCCCAGUGUCAUCAUCACAGGUCUCAAGCCAUCCACCAAGUACAUAUUUCAUAUCCGAGUGAGGACUGCGACAGGAUACAGUGGCUACAGUCAGAAGUUUGAAUUUGAAACAGGAGAUGAAACUUCUGACAUGGCAGCAGAACAAGGGCAGAUCCUGGUAAUAGCCACGGCUGCUGUUGGGGGAUUCACUCUCCUAGUCAUCCUCACUCUAUUCUUCCUCAUCACUGGGAGGUGUCAGUGGUACAUAAAGGCCAAAAUGAAAUCGGAGGAGAAGAGAAGAACACACUUACAGAAUGGCCACCUGCGCUUCCCAGGAAUUAAAACAUACAUUGAUCCAGACACCUAUGAAGACCCAUCCCUAGCAGUCCAUGAAUUUGCAAAAGAGAUUGAUCCUUCAAGAAUUCGCAUUGAGAGAGUUAUUGGAGCAGGUGAAUUUGGGGAAGUCUGCAGUGGGCGUUUGAAGACACCAGGGAAAAGGGAGAUCCCGGUUGCCAUUAAAACACUAAAGGGCGGUCACGUGGAUCGACAAAGAAGAGAUUUUCUGAGGGAAGCGAGCAUCAUGGGUCAGUUUGACCAUCCUAACAUCAUUCGCCUAGAAGGUGUUGUCACCAAAAGAUCCUUCCCGGCGAUUGGGGUGGAAGCCUUCUGCCCCAGCUUCCUGAGAGCUGGAUUUUUAAACAGCAUCCAGGCCCCACAUCCAGUGACAGCUGGAGGAUCCCUGCCCCCCAGGAUUCCUGCUGGCCGGCCGGUAAUGAUCGUAGUAGAGUACAUGGAGAAUGGAUCCCUUGACUCAUUUUUGCGGAAGCAUGAUGGCCACUUCACUGUCAUCCAGUUGGUCGGCAUGCUGCGGGGCAUCGCAUCAGGCAUGAAGUAUCUUUCUGACAUGGGAUAUGUCCAUCGGGACCUAGCGGCCAGGAACAUACUGGUGAACAGCAACUUAGUGUGCAAAGUCUCUGAUUUCGGUCUCUCCCGAGUACUGGAAGAUGAUCCGGAAGCAGCUUACACAACAACUGGCGGGAAAAUCCCUAUACGGUGGACAGCCCCGGAAGCUAUUGCCUACAGAAAAUUCUCUUCUGCAAGUGAUGCAUGGAGUUAUGGCAUUGUCAUGUGGGAGGUGAUGUCCUAUGGAGAGAGACCAUACUGGGAAAUGUCAAACCAGGAUGUUAUUUUGUCCAUUGAAGAAGGGUACAGACUUCCGGCUCCGAUGGGCUGCCCACCAUCUCUGCACCAGCUGAUGCUCCAUUGCUGGCAGAAAGAAAGAAACCACAGGCCAAAAUUUACUGACAUCGUCAGCUUCCUUGACAAACUGAUCCGCAAUCCCAGUGCCCUUCACACACUGGUGGAAGACAUCCUUGUAAUGCCAGAAUCCCCUGGUGAUGUUCCCGAAUAUCCAUUGUUCGUCACAGUUGGUGACUGGUUGGAUUCUAUAAAGAUGGGGCAAUACAAGAGUAACUUCAUGGCAGCAGGCUUUACAACAUUUGAUCUGAUUUCAAGAAUGAGCAUCGAUGACAUUAGACGAAUUGGAGUCAUCCUCAUUGGACAUCAGAGACGAAUAGUCAGCAGCAUACAGACUUUACGUUUACAUAUGAUGCACAUACAGGAGAAGGGAUUUCAUGUAUGAAAGUACUAUGAACACCUGUAUUUUGUGCCUCAGCAUUUCUACAAAGAAAGACAUACCCUCUACGGCUCAUUCUUCUGAUUCUCCAGACAUCCCUUCACAACCCACAGUCUCCUGCUCAGACUAUGGCUGCACACCUUACGUUUAUGCUUCCACCCUGGAUUUCGAUAUCCUGCUACACAGGUCCUCUCUGAAUAGCCUGCAAAUGAAACUCCGGCCCACUGCAGAUUAUCACUAGAUAAUGAUAACUAACUCAGCAUGAAUGUGUAACUUUGUAUAGAAAUGUUUGGGAAGUGCUCAUGGACUUAACCUAAAGGAAUUUGUCCAGGUGUGGCAUCUUCAAAGAUGUUUGUAGAGUUUGAUGGUAGAUAGAAAGAAAUAGUUGACCAUUCUUCCAUGUUUUGUGAUUGAGUAGCUUCCAACUUGACAUGCUUCUUUUUCGAUAGUUUUGCUCAACUCUACGGUUGUACUGUUGUUAUAUUUUUAAUAACUGAACUGUUGGUGCCUGAUGUUGUGACAACGGUUUGCAGAAAUGAUCAAUGAUUCCAUGUAGUGCAUUUGUGUCAGGUGUGACUAUAGUAUGAAGGGCAUUGUUGGGGAGGGAGAUGGACAAAAUUACUGUGCUUUUAAAUAUUCUAAGGCUGGGUUUGUCUAUAUUUUUAAAUUAACUUUAUAGGGUCCUACACAUUUCAUAGUAGGUGGUUGUUUAGAGGCUUUUCCCCCUCUAAUUUUUUACUAACUAUACUGUAUUUCUCUAGUAUGUUACAAGAAUCACCCUUGGAAAGACCAAGAGUGAGUCCAUUGCUCUGAUAGUUUUC